AUGUCUGCAUUAAACGAUCAAUUAAAGAGUUUCAAGAAAUCAUUCAAGGCAAAUGCUGACAUUGCUGUGAAGCGUGCUGGCCAAGCAGCGCCCGUAAAGGAAUCGAAAUCAUACACAGGAACUAUUGCAAACAACACAAAGGCUUCUUUUGAGAAUGGUCAUGACAAGAAGCGAAAGAGAUCCACUGUCUAUUCACAACCUGCCAAUACGGGCACGGGUCAUCAUGCCAUGAGUCAAUUGUACACAGUCAUUCAGUUCCUCAAAGACAGUGAUAAUCCGCAGUCUGUUGUCAGUAUUGCAUCUCGAACUAAAGUGGAUAUUGGAAAGAAUCAAGCAUUGUGGGAUAAACUAGUCAACAACAACAAGAUUGAAUUCGACGCAGCCAACAAGACAUUUGCAUACAAGCCUACAUACCAGAUCAGAAGCAAAGAGGACCUUUUAUCAUUAUUGAUUCAAAAGAAGAAUGAGGGCGGCAUGGAUUACAAAGACCUCAAGGAUUCGUACUCGAAAUUGAGCAGCGCAGUAGAAGAAUUGGCAUCAGAAGGACAAAUCUUGGUUGUGCGCAACAAGGAUGGAAAUCCUCGAGUACUAUUUCACAACGAUUCACAAUACAAUACAACCAUUGAUCCAGAGUUCAAAAAGAUGUGGGCAGAAAUCCCUAUUCCUGACGAAACUGAUCUGCCAAAGGCCUUGGAGGUAGCAGGUCUCAAGACGAUGGAAGUGUUCGAAAAGAAAGUGACAUCAGAGUCCAAGCCAAAGAAAUCAAAGACCAGAAACAAGAGGAUCAAAAUCACUAAUACUCACUUGGCUCAUAUCGAUUUAUCAAAGGAUUAUUUGCCUGGGAACAAGAAAUAA